AUGACAAUUCAAAUCUACUGCGAUCCGUGCACGGUCAACAGCCGCAAGGUGCUUGCUGGCCUCAAGCAGAUGAAUGCGGAUUAUAAUCAUGUCUUCAUCAACUACGUCACUGGCGAGCACAAAAGCGAGGAAUUCGCCAAAAUAAACCCCCUCAAGACCGUGUAUGACAUCCGCCACCAAACAAGUAAUGCUAUCCUGCAAUAUGCCGCUGAUAAAUCCGGAGCCGAAUCCAUGUAUCCCAAGGACCUCAAGCGACGUGCUGAUGUAAAUCGUUGGCUGUUUUGGGAAGCCUCGUCCUGGUUCCCUGCUUGCUACGUCUACCUGAUGGAGAACGCUGUCAAGUCUCUCAUGGGCGGCGAACCCGAUCAGAAAGCGAUCGACGCUGCGUCAGCCAAGUUCCACACGUGCGCAAGCGUCCUGGAAGCCCGCCUUAGUAAGAACAAGUGGCUCACAGGCGAUGAUGUGACCAUAGCCGACAUAGCUGUUGCUGCGGCCAUGCCUGUGCCCCAGGCCAUGAUGCUCCCCCUUGAAAAUUAUCCCAAUGUGAAGAGAUGGCUUGCAGAAGAGGUUCAACAGCUUCAAAGCUGGAAGAACACACAGGGUGCGGUAGACAAGGCUCUCCUCCCCAACCAAUCCGCCACUGUAAAAGUGCUCAUCGUGGGUCUACUUGCAGGGGUAAAGUAG